AUAAACCUUCUACUAGCUAGAUUUAUUACAACAUCACCAAACAAGUUUUAAAAAGAAAGAACAAUUAUAUAUAAUUAAAAAAAAUACACUACUUUAGUACUUGGGUUAAAGAAUAUGGGGAAUAUUAAGUUUUGGUUAUGGGUGAUUUAUAUGGUGGUUUUGGCCAAUCAGUGGCAGAGGACUAUUGGCUCCGCCACCGCGCGCCCCAACAGGUGUUGGGAUGAAGAGAGAAGUGCUUUGUUAGAGCUACAAGCAAACAUGAUGAGUUCAGAUGGUGGACAUUUAGACCUUUGGGCAACCUAUAAUGAGAUUGGUUAUUCAGAUUGUUGUUCUUGGCGUUGGGUAAAAUGCAACUUGACAACAGGUCUAGUGAUCGAACUUGAUCUCAGAGCAGCAAGACUAGGAUCAGGAGUUGCUUGGAGUUUUAAUGCAACUCUAUUUCUUCCAUUCAAAUCACUACAAGUUCUUGUAUUGUCUGAAAAUUUUAUUGCAGGAUGGAACAAAAAUGAAGGUUAAAUCUCUUAUUUCAUGAUUUUAGUUUAAGCAAUCUAUCUUAUAUUCAAAAUUCAUUGGUUCGAUUAAUUCAGAUUUGACCGUAGUUCUAGCUGAAUAGUUGAGUCACCUUCAAAAAUAGAAUGGAUUAAAGAACGAGAAAGUUUAGUGAAAUAAAAUAUCAUACGUAAGUAAACAGUAUCUAGUCUAGAAUCUAGAGAAGC